AUGGCCGGUGUUUCCAAGGAGACUGAGGUUGCAGCAGCAGCAGUGAGAGGCAAGGCAGCUGACAAGCAGAUUGUGAUGGGGAACCAGAGUGAUAUUCAUCCUGAAGCAAGCAGCAAAUGCGCUUGUUCUUCUUCUUCUUCGAGGUCUUUGGAGAGCCAGGGAGGUAGAAGUGCGCCGCGGAGACGAUAUCCAUGUCAGAGAAGGCCGAGAGAUUGCCCGCUGGUUUACCAACCACCUGCUCGCCCGCUACGUCUCCCUAUUCAUCCUCCUCCAUCUCUACCGCCCCGUGUAUUCAAUCCGGAGCUGAUGAGAUUAUUAUUUGAGAAAAAACUACAAAAUAGUGAUGUAAGCUCAACUGGACGCAUUGUUAUACCAAAGAGAGAAGCAGAAGUCCAUUUUCCUGUCCUGGAAGGAAGAGAUGGACUCUGGAUGCAUUUGGACGACAUGGACUUUAUGCAUGUUUGGACUUUCAAGUUCAGGUAUUGGCCCAACAACACCAGCCGAAUGUACUUAUUUGAUAAUACGAGGAGCUUAAUUGAGAUACAUAACCUAGGUGUGGGGGAUUCCCUUUUUCUGUUUAAAGAUGAUUGGCGCGGAUCAUAUGUUCUCCGAGCUAAAAGGGACGCUAUGCGAGAAAUAACUUAUCCAAUCACACAGACCACCCUUAUCUUGAAGCCAAGACCACCUUUUGAUCAUUCGCAGGUCGUCUCCGGUGUUAUGGAUGCAAACCCAAGUAAUUUGCUGGAUGUCAUCAGAGCAGCUGAAAUGUCCGCUGUGCCAGCUGUGGUAGAUCGUCUUCAAACAACAGAGAUGGAGGAGGACAACGUUAAUGUGAACAUGGAUAUGGCGGAUGCAAUGAGUUUUCCAACUUUCGAUCAUCAAAGAGCAGAGGCUGAUGAGAACAUUGACGUUGAUGGAAUAGCGUUUCCAUCUUUGGAUGAGGAUAUUGAUCGGUUUUUCAUUUGGCCGCCACUCUGUUCCAGUGAUUCCGGCACCGAUUACACUUACGACCACCCGGUCGACGAGUUUUUCGGUAUCGGAGUGGAACAAAUGGAGCCGUUCUAUGGACAUCCUGGACGAUCACCAAGUAUUGAGUUUGAGUCCAUUAAUUUCUCUAUCUUCGACUGA